AUUUACUUGGCAAUAAGAUUCGUGAAGAGGGGGCGCGGCCAAAACCUGCACAGCUGUCUCUGUGUUAGGAUUGGCUUUCAUGUAACCAAUGGAACAAGGGCGUGUGUGGACGAGAGUGGUAUGCGGACCUCGCAUAAACAUGAUAGAAUUGUAGAAAUUACCACAAGCCAUAAAGUAUUACAGAAUAUCAGCAUUUUGGGUUUGGUAAUUGAGAAUGUUGGCGCGAAAUCCCAUGUUUAACAAGGACGUCUCGGUGAUGCCACACCCUGGAAAUGCGCAGCACUGACUCACGGUGACAAUUUCAGUGUUUUUGCCUGUGUGACGGACGCCGGAUCCUGCGUACGUUUUCAUCAGUAAGCUGGGCUGGUGAGGAAUAACAAGAGGUCUACAAUUUGAAAUAAUAUAUAAUAACCAGGAGUCAAAAUGGGAGAAACAGAGACGCGUCAGCGACUGUUGCGCAGCGUGAAGAAAGAGGUGAAACAGAUUAUGGAGGAGGCAGUAACUCGGAAGUUUGUUCACGAGGACAGCAGUCAUAUUAUUUCUUUCUGUGCUGUGGUGGAAGCCUGUGUUUUGCAUGGGCUAAAGAGGCGGGCAGCAGGCUUCCUGCGUAGCAACAAGUUGGCUGCGCUUUUUAUGAAGGUGGGGAAGAUCUUUGCUCCUGCUGAGGAGCUGUGCAUAAAGGUGCAAGAGCUGGAGCAGAUAGUCGAAAACAAACAGAACCAAUCUCAAAUGAGCCAGGAGAGCAUCCGUAAGCAGCCCUGGGUUCCCAACCUCACACCCCAGGCCAUCAAACACCUGUGGAUCCGCACAGCACUGACUGAGAAAGUGCUGGAUAAGAUUGUUCUGUACUUAGUGGAGAACAGCAGUAAAUUCUAUGAGCGAGAAGCUUUGCUACGGGAUCCAGUUGAUGGCCCAAUCCUUGCAUCUUUACUGGUUGGUCCCUGUGCUCUGGAGUACACCAAGGCAAAGACAGCUAACCACUUUUGGACAGACCCCUCUGCGGAUGAGCUGGUACAGAGGCACCGUAUCCACAGUGGCCACUGCCGUCAGGACUCACCCACCAAACGUCCCGCUCUAAUCCAGAAAAGGCAGUCGAGUGGCAGCAUGGAUGACAGGCCGUCUCUGUGGGCUCGGGACUAUGUGGAGUCUCUCCAUCAGAACUCCAGGGCCACGCUGCUGUUUGGCAAGAACAAUGUCCUAGUUCAGCCAACCGAUGACAUGGAAGCUAUCCCAGGAUACCUCUCUCUCCAUCAGACUGCAGAGCUUAUGACGCUGAAGUGGACACCAAACCAGUUGAUGAAUGGCAACAUGGGGGAGCUUGAUUAUGAAAAAAGCGUAUACUGGGAUUAUGCAAUGACAAUUCGUCUAGAGGAAAUUGUCUAUUUGCACUGCCAUCAACAAGUGGACAGUGGGGGCACCGUGGUUUUGGUGAGCCAAGAUGGGAUCCAGAGACCACCUUUCCGUUUCCCAAAAGGAGGUCAUCUGCUACAGUUCCUCACGUGUCUGGAGACAGGACUUCUUCCACAUGGCCAACUUGAUCCACCCCUAUGGUCUCAAAGGGGAAAGGGAAAGGUUUUCCCAAAGUUACGGAAAAGAAGUCCACAUGGGUCCUGUGAGUCGUUUUCUGACAAGGACGAUGAUGAGGCAACAGAUUAUGUGUUUCGCAUAAUAUAUCCAGGCAGUCAAGAGUUUGUUGGCCCGGAACUGAUGGACCAGAGCAUGAGCAUGUGGCAGCCCACUCCAAGGAGGUCUUCCUGCUCUUCCUGCUCUCAGAAUGGGUCUUCUGAUGGUGGACUUCCCAAUGGUUGCAACCAUGACAGGGCUCCCCUGAAGUUACUGUGCGAGACCAUGAAGUACCAGAUCAUUUCUCGUGCUUUCUAUGGCUGGCUGGCCUACUGCCGCCACCUGUCUACAGUCCGCACACACCUCUCUGCUCUUGUGAAUCCCACUAUCAUUGAGCCUGACAUUCCCUACGAUGCCAAAGGAGGGCUUUCCACAGAAGUGUGGCAGACAUUUCUUCAGGAUAGUUCUGCAUACGAAGAGGCGGAGCUUCUCCGGUUGGUGUACUAUGGUGGCGUGGAACCCACCCUGCGUAAAGAGGUGUGGCCUUUCCUGCUGGGCCACUACCACUUCACCAUGACCGCAGAAGAGAGGAAAGAGGUGGAUGAGCAGGUCCGCACGUGCUAUGAGCAGACUAUGAGCGAGUGGCUGGGCUGUGAGGCCAUCGUGAAGCAGCGUGAGAAGGAGCAGCACGCCACAGCGCUCGCAAAGUGCGCCUCUGGGGCCAGCGUGGACUUACCGCAGGACUCCACCAUUAGCACUGAUUCUUCCCAGAGCAGCAGCUCAGAGAAACAGAGCAAUGCCUGUUCUCAGAGUGAAUCAAACAGUAGCACUCAGGUGUUUGGGUCUGUUGAUGAGGUUGACCCAAUUGAAUCUGAACCUAAGCCAAAAGAUGAGAAGCCACAGCCAAGAAUUCCAAAUGGUGCACUUCCCAACUGUACCAGUUCUCCAGACUCUGGACAUCCAUCCUCUCGCAACUUCUCUGUCACAUCUGGACUCUCAGAUUGCUCCCCAAGCACAGAGGAUGCAUCCGCACAAGAGUCUGGAACUAAAACAGUGGUGCCAGAGCCAUCAUCAGUAACUUCUGUAGAACCUCCAACUACAACAGGCCUUGAAAACAAGCUCAAAGAAGAACCAGCAGAACAGAGCUCCUCAGCUUUGAACACAAAGGAGAAACUUGUCAAAUCACACACAAGUGACCUCGCUGCAGAAGAUGAGUUGAUCAAACCUCAGGAAAAUGAGGAAUUAGAGAAUUCUGAUGCCAAAGAAGCUAAAAGGACUGACUCACUCAACUGCAUGGAAUUUCAGAAGGAGAAAGCAAAUUUAAAUGAAUCAUCUGAGAAUAAUUUUUGUGAAACAGUAGCAAGCACAUUACCUGUAAUACAACAGGCUAAGUGUUUUGAAGCUGAAGACACAAAGUCUGCAGACAACAAUGAGAAGAGAAAGCAAGGAAUUCAGGCAUCAGAGUCUUCUACUGAAGAGAUAACUAUAUCCUUAGAGGGAAUCGGGGACUUACAAAUUGAGACUGAGGCUCAGAAAAAUAUUGAAACUGUAGAUAAAGGAAAAUCAGUCUGUGAGGAAACCAGAGAUUUGGAAAUGCAAGAAAACAAGGAAACACCUAACAAAUGUGAUCCUCCUCAACCACCAACUAAAGAAUGUUCUGUGGAUGAAACAAAAACCAUAGAUGCAAGCAAGCCUGAGGAUGAAGGAGAACUAUCAUUGUCUGAGUCAAAUAUGACCAGCGAACCAAGCACGGAAUCUACUGAAACAAAAACAAAGUCUCCUCAACUUCUCUCUGAAUAUCAACACAUAGAGUUGCUAAUGAACAAUACAUUUGAUGCCGGGAACCCAGCUGCACAAGCUGCAAUGAAUUGGGACUCAGAUCCGUGUAGGGCUAAAGUAUUAAUCAAACAAAUUACUGAACCUGUGCCCGAGAGCUGCAUUUCCUUUUCGUCUUUGUCAAAGCAAUCACCAGACAUGUCUGAUGACUCUCAGUCUGCUCUUGAAAUGGAGGAAAUCCCAGCCGCUUUGGUUUAUAUGCCGGCAGAGGAUAUCCUGGCCAAGGCUCCCAUCACUUUGUGCUCUCCCUUGACUCUGUCAAGCCCUCUGGAAAAACCAGUGGUGGCUAUGCCUGCUCUGGAGCUGUGUAUGGAUGCAGGCCUGACUACUAGCCCAGAGGGCACUGAAUCAGCUCUGUCUGAGGAAGAGCCAGAGAUGGAGAGUCUCUUCCCCAAACCAGACUCUCUAGCUGUAGGAGGGGAACAUAAAAAUGAUGUUGCGUCUCCGGUGUCCUCUAUCGGGACCACUUACUCUCAAGAGCUGCUAGACUUGUACACCCUAAACCUGCACCGCAUUGACAAAGAUGUCCAAAGAUGUGACAGGAACUUUUGGUAUUUCACCACUUCCAACCUAGAGAAACUACGCAACAUUAUGUGCAGUUAUGUUUGGCAGCAUCUAGAUAUUGGCUACGUACAGGGGAUGUGUGACUUACUUGCGCCCCUGCUUGUGAUUCUUGAUGAUGAGGCCCUGGCUUUUAGCUGCUUUACAGAGCUCAUGAAAAGAAUGAACCAGAACUUUCCACAUGGAGGAGCGAUGGAUACCCACUUUGCAAACAUGCGCUCCCUUAUUCAAAUUCUUGAUUCAGAACUCUUUGAAUUGAUGCAACAGAAUGGAGACUAUACCCACUUUUACUUCUGUUACCGGUGGUUCCUCUUAGACUUUAAGAGAGAAAUGGUGUAUAAUGACGUGUUCUCCGUAUGGGAGACCAUCUGGGCUGCCCGGACCAUCUCCUCUGGACACUUUGUGCUCUUCAUUGCCUUGGCACUUGUUGAGUUGUACAGAGAUAUCAUUCUUGAGAACAACAUGGACUUCACUGACAUUAUCAAGUUCUUCAAUGAAAUGGCAGAGAGGCAUGAUGUCCCACAGCUACUGGUGAUGGCCCGUGAUCUGGUCCACAAGGUCCAGAUCCUCAUAGAGAACAAGUGAUUCAGCAUCUUUCUCUAUUCACUCGCUGUUGUCCAAUAAAAAGACUGUGACCUUUUUUUGCAUUUCAUAUAUUCAGGCCCAGCUGUUAAAUUGCAUCUUCUUCCUGACCUCCACAGAACCCUGCUGAGAGUAGGUCUAUAUCAGGUAAAAAGCAGGAUCUAGAAGAACCCGUCAAAUUUAACUUAACUUGCUGGAGAGCAAUAACACCCAAAAACUGAUUACACUGGAAAGUGGGUCUGUAUGGCAGUAUACAGUCCUUUGCAAAAGAAUGGCCAAUUUUGUAUGAGAUUCUAAAGUUGUAGACUGCAUAUGGCCACAGUAGUGGAGUUGACAGAGUGCUCGUCCUCCAACAGAGAUUCUUUGAAAAGCACAAAAUAUUGAAAUCAUGGUCGUCUUGUUUUUAUCUGUGAAAAUUAGAAACAAUUAUCAAGAGGGGUGCUGACUAGAAAAAGAUAUUUACUGAAUAUUUUUUUGUUUGUUACAAGUAUUUUUUGCACGGAAACCUUAGUCUGUGUCUUGGCACAUCGUUCUAUUUUCAGGUAUUAUCAAACUUAUAUUGCAGGUGAAAAGAUAAUGAUUUUUGUAAUUAUCAUUUAAGUUUUCAGCCCCCAGUGACUCUGUCACUCAGUGACAUGUUGAGCUGCUACACAAUUAUGUACCUCACUCAGCGAACCAACCUUAAUCAAAAACAAUAUCUCUCUCUCUCUCUCUCUCUCUCUCUCUCUCUCUCUC